AUUUCAAAGCAUUGAUUUCUCUUUCGCUGCGUGUGUGCCGUGUGUAUUGUAAGAAAAUGGCUAAGCAGCUUUGUAAACUAUUUGUUGGCGGCCUGAAUGUUCAAACAACCGACGACGGGUUGCGGAAUCAUUUUGAACAAUAUGGGGUCUUAACCGACUGCGUAGUUGUAAUGAACCAGCAGCUGCAGCGAUCUCGUUGUUUCGGCUUCGUAACGUACUCGAGCGUUGAGGAAGCGGACGCCGCCAUUGCCGCCAGGCCACAUGUCGUGGAUGGCAACACCGUGGAUCUGAAAAGAGCAGUGGCCCGGGAAGACGCCGUCAGGCCAGAGGCUUUAGCCAAGGUCAAAAAAAUAUUUGUUGGGGGUCUGAAAGACGACAUCGAAGAGGAACACCUCAGCGAUUAUUUCUCCCAGUUUGGUGCCGUGGAGAAGGCGCAAGUCCUCACCGACAAAGACACCGGAAAGAAACGAGGUUUCGGCUUUGUGUUUUUUGACGACAACGACUCUGCCGACAAGGCCGUCCUGAUGAAAUAUCACGAUAUCAAUGGACACAAAGUAGAGGUGAAAAAGGCGCUCACUAAAGAGGAGAUGCAAGCGGCCGGUGGUCGUCCGGGUAGGGGUGGAAGGGGCGGCCGGGGAAUGGGCCGUCCUCAAAGCGGUUACGGCGGCGGAAGAGGCGGUUACUAUGGCGACUACAGCUAUCAGAAUAGUGGAUACGGUAACAACGGCAACUACGAAAGCCAAGGUGGCUAUGGAGGAGGUUAUACCGAUCAGAUAAGCAGUGGGUACGGCAACGGCUACACUAACUUUGGCGAGGAUUACGGACAGCAGGCUUCUGGUUACGGUGCUGUGAAAAGUGGCUAUUAUGCCGCCAAGAGCAGUGGGCCAUACACACGUGGAGGAGGUGGUGGUGGAGGUGGAUAUGGAAGAGGAGGUUAUGAUGGAUAUUAAAGCAGCAAUGUGACUCUUAAAGUCUAUUAAGUUGAAUGGUGUGGGUUUUGUAAAUGCAAAACUAUUGGACAAGCAACUGGACUUUCAAAUGAACUGUUUGGGUGUUGGGUUUAUAUUUGAAUAACCGGGGGGCAUUUUACAACUUCCUUAUGUCGUUGUUUGGUGCCAGUAUACCAGCAAAGACCACAUUGGUUUUGCUUUUACUUAUUUUGUUUGUAUUUCAUAUGGGCCUGUUUACCCUGAUCGGGCCAGUACAACACCAUCUUUAUGGUGUCCUCUGGUUUAUUGCCUGUCCAUCGUUUUGAUAAGAACUCAGGGGUAAUUAAAUUUUAAGCAGCUCAUUAUUUUUUUUCAUAACCCAUCAACUGUUGAAUGUCUUUAUUUUAAAUGUAAUUUAAUGUUUUAAUGCUUUAAAAUCAGUUUUAGUGUUUAUUCAGACGUUUAUUCACUUUGAUCCAGUGGCCAUAUUAUAAACCUUUUAUCCAUUAAAAUGACUUUUUGGUAA